ACAAGAUUGGUCUAUAUCUGUUUAAAAACCAGUAGUAAUCAUACCCAGCUUUGAGAUCUGUUUUCAGUUGCAGAGACAAGGUUGGUCUUGAGCUCAUUUUGGUUUCUUGGUUGAUUAUCAACUAAUUGGGUAUAUGCAUCUGAACUCCUUCAUUCAUCAAUUGAUGAGCUUCUGUUGGUUAAUGACAUAUAGAAGUUCAGAUUUUGGGUUUCUCUUUUUUGCUAGCGGUUUGAUGGAGGGAAAGUGCGCAAUCAAGAAUGAUGUCAGCGAAUUAAUAGGAAAUACCCCAAUGGUAUAUCUCAACAAUGUCGUGGAUGGUUGUGUAGCCAGAAUUGCUGCCAAGCUAGAGACAAUGGAGCCUUGCUCUAGUGUAAAAGACAGGAUCGCAUAUAGCAUGAUCAAGGAUGCAGAGGAUAAAGGUCUAAUUACGCCAGGGAAGACUGUUCUUAUUGAGCCUACAAGUGGCAACACUGGCAUUGGAUUGGCAUUCAUUGCUGCAAUCAAGGGUUACAAGCUCAAGCUAAGCAUGCCAUCUAAAAUGAGUCUUGAAAGAAGAAUUGUCCCCCUAGCUUUUGGAGCUGAGGUCUUUCUCACAGAUCCUGCCAAGGGCUUUAAGGGACUUAUUGCUAAGGCGGAUGAGCUGCUAAGUAACACACCUAAUAGCUUUAUGCUUCAACAAUUGGAAAACCCUGCCAAUCCAAAGGUUCAUUAUGAAACCACUGGCCCAGAGAUAUGGAGAGACUCAGGAGGGAAAGUUGAUGUCUUUGUUUCAGGAAUAGGGACUGGGGGUACUGUAACCGGUGCAGGAAGUUUCCUUAAAGAGCAAAAUCCAGAUAUUAAGGUAUGUGGGGUAGAACCAGCUGAAAGUGCAGUAUUGAAUGGUGGCAAACCUGGGAUGCAUCUGAUCCAAGGAAUUGGUGCUGGUUUCAUACCUCCAGUUCUGGAUGUUAGCUUGCUGGAUGAAGUUAUUCAAGUAUCCAGUGAGGAAGCAAUUGAAACUGCUAAGCUGCUUGCGCUAAAAGAAGGUCUUUUGAUGGGGAUUUCAUCAGGUGCUGCAGCAGCAGCAGCAAUAAAGUUGGCAAAGAAGCAAGAAAAUGCUGGAAAAUUAAUAGUUGUUGUGUUUGCCAGUUCUGGAGAGCGUUAUCUGUCUUCUCCACUCUUCGAUACCAUUAGGCACGAGGCAGAAAAUAUGAAGUUUGAAUGAUAGUGUUGCUGUGGUUCAUAAUAUGCUCUACUUAUGUCAGGUUCCUCUGGUUAUUGGUAUAAUAAGAAAAAUGCUUCUAGUGUGCAAGGCAAUAUAACCCUUAAGUGGUACUUAUGCUUUGUGUUCUUGGAGCCCCUUCUAAUUUUCUGUCAACACUAUGAACAUUCUAUAUAUUAAGGUAUAAUGCGUAACCAGAAGAUACCAGUUUGUGAGUCUGUAAUUCCACUAUUGAUCACGUGUUGUACUUCUACUGAAAUACCUGCUGGUUCAGAAUAGAAAGAUAAAAUAAUUACUAGUGGAA